AUGGCUGCAUUCUGGGAGAAGAUGGGUGUUGAUCUUGAUAUUGGGCCAAGUAUUGAACAGAUAACAGAAGCAUUUUACAGAUGCGACGAGUGGUCUCGGGAUGAUCGCAAGCGGCUGGGAUACCUUGCCAUCUACGCAGGAUACAUUGAAGGGAAAAAGUUCUCAACCGCUACACCGGCUAGUCUUGCAAGGCUAGUGUGGGCGUACUAUGCUAUGCCAGAAUUGGGUACUAAUUAUGGGUCUCCCGUACCAGACAGACUGUCUCCACUGUUGCUGGCUUACAAGGGUGGCCAAGGACGACGCAGAUGUUUUAAGUCGGCUAUCAACAGACAGAUUAACGUGAACAACUUUGUUCAGAAGGACCUUGAUGAAAUGUUUCCAGAAUGGGACGGAGACGUAGAGAAUCCUGCCGCGGAUAACAUAAUUAAAGUCAUGUUUAAUGAUCCUGGAUGGAAGUGGACCAUGGACUGUUGGCAAGUCACCGGUACUCACAAGGUUGUGAAGAUAGAAGUGAGUCCAGUGAAGACGAAAGUGAGUCCAGUGAAGUCAGAGAGUGUUGUGAAGGAAGAAAGUAGCAGACCUAGGAAGAAAGCUCGUAAAGGGUCUUUUGUUUCUGCUGAGGCACCUGCAGCGGGUAGUGAUGGCUUUGGGAUGAAGAAAGAGCAGAUUGAAAGGGCCUUCAAGGACAUAUCUGAUGCCAUGAGUGAUGGCUUUGGGACGUGCCUUAGGGAGAUCAAGUUGCUGGGGGAUAGGAUGGGAGCUGUGGAGAAGAAGGUGGGAAUCACCAAAAAAGGGAGUUCAUCUGAUGAUCUUCAACUUACAAAACCUAUGCACGAACCCGGGAUUAGUACCAAAACCUCUCCCAAAAUUGCAGAGAAGAGAGUCACUAGGCAAAGUAGUGAAAGUGUGAAUGGGGCGAAAGCAGGACAGAAAGAAGCCAAAGAACCGAGUGUUACUACAGAACCGAGUUCCUCGACAGAGCUCUGUCUUGUGAAACCUGCAGACGACUUACCGAGUGAUGAACCUAGCGUUCUUAUAUUGGACAAACAAGUACCCACUGCUUCAGAUUUACUCUUGGAGGAAGCUAGAAGGCAGACAAAGAAGGAGACUGCUAUGGUGAAUCUCCGUGAAAAAAGUGAGCGAGAAAGGAAACUUGCUCCCACACAGCAAACUCCUUUUAAGGGAAACAGCACUACCAAACAGAUCAUUCCAAACAAAAAGGUUGGCCGAGGCUAUGAUCCUUUUGCACCCUAUGACAAGAAGAAGUCGAAGGAGCUCACUGAAUGGCUGGAAGAAGAUCCGUAA